AUGCGUUUGCAUGGGAAUGAUUCUUUACAUGAUUGUGAAAAAUUGGUUGAAUUUAGCAAGUGGAUACUUGAUAUUGGUGAUGGUAAUUUGGGUGAUUACAAUGAUGGUGAAUGUGAUUUAGAUAUUCCACAUGACUUGAUGGUUCCCUUUAAAGAUGAUGCUGUGUCAAGUAUAGUUUAUUCCACCUACCCUGAUAUUCAAAGGAAAUUUUUUGAUGAGGAAUAUUUUAUUGAUAAAGCUAUUCUUGCUCCCACUUUGGAUAUUGUUGAUAGUGUGAACCAGUUUGUGCUUUCCAUAGGAUCUGGACUUCCUGAUCAUAGGUUGUGUUUGAAAAUUGGAACGCCCAUUAUGUUAAUGAGAAAUAUUGAUGUUUCAGCUGGGUUAUGCAAUGGAACUCGGCUUAUUGUGUUGGAUCUUAGACCAAAUUUGAUUUAUGGGAAAGUGCUAAAUGGAAAUAAAGCUGGCACAAAAACAUACAUCCCACGCAUGACUAUUGUUCCUUCUGAUAGUGGUCUACAUGUUAAAGUUCAACGUAGGCAAUUUCCGAUGGGGAAGGUCUCCUAUGUACCAUUUAAUGGAAGGCAUGGAUUCUCAUAA